CGCCUACGUAACGCAACGUACGUCGCGCAUCUCCACGCCGCUUGGCCCGUCCCGCUUGGCGCCGUCCCGCCCCUUCGGAUCCUUCCUCCUUCCGCUUUGCGAGCGACUGGCACGGGCGAUUAAUUAGCGCAGGCAGGCGAGACGGGACGACGGACUCGCCAGCCGCCACCCAGAGCUAGCUUCUUCCACGGCGACUCCUGCCAUUGGAACCCCCGGUAGCUGCUUGCUUUAUUUAAUCGCCUUUUCGAACGCCCCCACGCGCGCGUACGCUAGAGUGGAAACCGGAGUCAAAAACCCCCAGCCGCCUCCCUAUAUAUACGCUCUCGGCGCCCGCUGUCUCUCUCGCUCGCCUCCCACCAGCAGCAGCUAGCGUUCCUUCUCCUCGGUCGGUCGGUCGGUCGGUCAGUCGCCUGCUGCUGCGGCCUCAACGUGCCGACGAGACGCGGGCGCCUGAGCUGACGGGCGGAUGGGAGCUGCUGCGCCGCCCGCGCCGCGGCGGCCGGGCGGGGCGGCGGAGGUGACGGAGCUGGAGCUGCGCAUCCAGCUGCUGGGCGGCGGCGGCGGCUACAACAUCAACGACAACGCGGACCUGCUGGCGGAGAUCCUGGCGCGCCUGGACGGGCGCUCGCUGGCGGCGGCCGCCUGCGUGUGCCGUCUGUGGGCCGCCGUGGCGCGCCGCGACGCCGUCUGGGAGGCGCUCUGCCUCCGCCACGUCGUCGGCCCGGCGCCGCCGGCCGGCCCCGCCACGCGCGCCGUCGUCGCCGCGCUCGGCGGGUACCGCCGCCUCUACCGCCUGUGCCUGGGCCCGGCGCUGGACCGGCUCGGCCGCGCGGGGGGCGGCGCGCUGGCGCAGGCCCAGGCGGCGCGCGCGCACCACCUGUCGCUCUCCCUCUCGCUCUCGCUCUUCUCCAUCGACUGCUACGAGCGCCUCGGAGUCGGCGGCGGGGGCGCCGGCGCGGCCGCCGGGAGGCAGCAGCAGCAGCCGCCGCCGUCGUCGCUGCUGUUCCUCUGCAAGCCCGUCGACGUGUCGUGACGGCAUUCAGCGCCGGGCGGGCACGAGCGGGGCGGGCGGCCACCGCUGUCGCUCGCCAAAUUAAAGCCAUCCCGGGCGUCGCGUCGCGUCCUCGGCCUACGCUGCCUAAGCCACCCUUCCUCCACGUCCGAGCGUCCGACGGGCGCCGCCGCCUGACACGAUUAUAUUAAUUAUUAGUUUGAUUAUUAUUGUUAGCACUGACGAUUAUUGAACGAAGAAUAAGCAAGCAAGCAAGCCAAGAGCUGUUGAGUGAAUCCCAAGCUGUAGUACUCCACUCCACCGGAGGGGCAUGUUAAAUUAAAUUCCGCCAUGGAAAUAAUGAUCCUUUCUUUGCUGA